AUGAUUGGUGUCGUCAAGUCUCUCUUGGCAGCCAGCGUGCUGAGUCUGGCCGCUGCCGCCCCCUACAACGAGGUCAAGCCCGGCUCCUUCAAGGUUGUCCAGCAGCGCAACCCCCACUAUGACAACAGCACCUUUGUCCCACGUGGUGCCCUUGCCAUGUACAAGGCCUACAUGAAGUACGGAGCCCCCGUCCCGGAUGCUAUCAACAAGACCGUCACCGAGUACCGUGCUGCCAAGCAGGCCCGACUUCUUGCCAAGCGUGCUAGAUCCGGAAGUGUCACGACUACUCCAGUCAACGAUGACGAAGAGUACAUCACUCCCGUUUCCAUUGGAACUCCUGCCCAGCAGCUGAACCUCGACUUCGACACUGGAUCUUCGGAUUUGUGGGUGUAUUCCACCUUGCUGCCCGCUGCCGAUGACAAGGGCCAGACCGAAUGGGCUCCCGGAAAGAGCAGCACUGCCAAGAGGCUCACCGGCGCUACAUGGAAGAUUUCCUACGGAGUAAGUUUCAUUACCGGCACUGAGCGAAAUAGAUUUUGCAACUUUCUAUCGACUCAAGAUGGAUCCAGCUCCAGCGGUAUCGUCUACACCGACACUGUUACGAUCGGCGGUGUAACCUAUGCCUCGCAGGCUGUUGAGGCUGCCGAGAAGGUCUCGUCCGAGUUCGUUUCCGACACUGACAGUGAUGGCCUGCUUGGAUUGGCCUUCAGCAACCUCAACUCCGUCACUCCCACGGCACAGAAGACCUUCUUCGACAACAUCAAGUCCACCCUGACCCAGCCUCUGUUUGUGGCCAACUUGAAGCAUGACGAGGCCGGAACCUACGAGUUUGGUGCCAUUGACACAUCCGCCUACACUGGCGAGAUUGCAUACACCGCUGUCAGCACCUCCCCUGGAUACUGGACAUUCGAUGCUGCCGGCUACUCCAUUGGAAGCGCAGCCAGCUCAGGAGCAGCCAUCCAGGGUAUCGCUGACACUGGUACUACUCUUCUCUACCUUCCUACCGCCAUUGUCAAGAAGUACUACGCACAGGUUACCAGCGCCAAGUACAGCGAGUUGGAGGGUGGCUACACGCUCAGCUGCAACGGAAGCCCUCCUGACUUCAACAUCUUCAUUGGCACCACCAAGAUUACCGUUCCCGGAAGCUACAUCGCAUAUGCUCCUCUUACCACUGGUGGCACGACCUGCUUCGGUGGACUGCAGCCCAACACUGGCAUUGGCCUGAACAUUUUCGGUGACAUUGCGCUCAAGGCUGCCUACGUCGUCUUUGAGGACAGCGGUACCAGCCCCAGACUCGGCUGGGCUAACAAGAACUUGUCGUAG